AUUAAUGAAAAUAGUAAAAAUAUUAAUCGUUUUCUAUUUAUAUAUUAUAUAAUAAUAAAUUUUGAAAGUGAAAUAAAUCAUAUAUUGUGUUAAUAUUAAGUUAUCAAUUAAUGACAUUAUAAUAAAAAUUGAAAAAACAUCUAGGUAUUUUGUAAUGAAUAGUUUUUUACGAAUAUAUUUGCUAUAUUUAUAAUUAUGGAUAAUAAAAAAUCAAAAAAUUUUUAUAAAAACAAAUGGUAUCUCGAUAAAAAGAAAUCAACAAAAUCUAACAGUAACAAUUACAAAAAUAAUCAAAACACUGAAAAGAUAUGUAAAUCUUUAGAUCCUAUUGAAAUAAAUAAUUUAAUUAAUAUUCAUAAUAAUUAUGUAAAUUUCAAUAUUCCUUAUUAUGGAUGGAAAUUAUUUUUUUAUGAUGAAGAAUAUAAAGAUGAUUCGGAUACUAUUAAAAAAAUUCAAACAAUAGAAAAUUUUAUAAAUAGACAUCAACGAUUGUUAACAUUACUUUCAUUAGAAAAUUUAGAAAAUGGAACAGUAUUUAUUAUCGAUAUGUGUGAAUUAUACAAUGAUCAAAAUUUUUUGAACGAAUGGUCUGACUUCAAGAAAGAUAUAUAUGAGAAUCCACUACAUACCUUAAAUUGUUUUAAACUCACUAUACAUCAGCAAAUUUUAAAUACAAUACCACGAGAAAAUUUGAAUUCUGUAAAUAUUAUAAAUAUAUUAUCCAAUGUUAGAAUAAAAAUAUUGAAUUAUGAACCAAUUAUAAGUUUGCAAAAUUUGAAAGCAAAUUAUUAUGGAAGAUUAGUAUCUGUUAGAGGUUGUGUAAUUAGAGUAGGUCAUGUGAAGCAUCUUGCACAAUGGAUAGCAUUUGCUUGUCGUAAAUGUAAUUUGCAAAAAAUAAUGAAACAGCCAUUGGGAGUUUUCACAAUUCCGAAAAAAUGUAAUCUAUGUGGCGUAUCUAAAUUUCGUGUGAUAUUAGAUUCACCAUUGAUAAAAAGCAUUCCAUUUCAAACAAUUAAAAUACAAGAAAUUUCGAAUAAUGAUCAGAAUAGUAAAGGUAAUAUGCCUAGAAUGGUUGAUAUCGAAUUAAUGGAUGACUUAGUUAAUAUUUGUAUGCCUGGAGAUGAUAUUACUUUAACAGGAAUUAUAAAGGGUACUAAUAAUACUAAGAUUCGAAAUAAAAUGUCAUUUUCUUUAUAUAUGGAAGCUAUUACAAUAAUUAACAAUAAACAAAGACUUCAAAAUAAAAAUUUUACGAAUAAUGAAAUGUCAAUAAAGGAUUAUUUAGCAAUAAAGGAAGUAUAUAAUACACCAAAUAUUUUUCCACUUUUGGUACAUUCUUUAUGUCCAAGUAUAUAUGGUCAUGAAAUUGUCAAAGCUGGAUUAAUAUUAAGUUUAUUUGGUGGGAAUGUAGAACAUUCCGAAUUACGAGAAAAUAUUCAUAUAUUAAUCGUUGGUGAUCCUGGCCUUGGAAAAUCGCAAAUGUUACAAACCUGUGCACGAAUUGCCGCAAAAGGUGUAUAUGUAUGCGGAAAUUCAAGUACAUCAUCCGGCUUGACAAUAACGCUAGCGAAAGAAAAUAAGAGUAAUAAUUUUAGUUUAGAACCUGGAGCAUUAGUUUUAACAGAUAGAGGAUGUUGUUGUAUUGAUGAAUUUGAUAAAAUGUGUAAACAACAUGCGGUUUUAUUAGAAGCUAUGGAACAACAAAGUGUAAGCAUUGCUAAAUCAGGAAUAAUAUGUUCCCUUCCUACGAGAACAUCCAUUCUUGCAGCUGCUAAUCCAAUUGGUGGUCGAUUUAAUCGAAAUAAGACAGUAAUGCAAAACUUAAAAAUGAGCGCACCUCUCUUGUCCCGUUUUGAUUUAAUAUUUUUAUUAUUGGAUGAGCCAAAUAAACACAUAGACGAUUUAUUAUGUAAACACGUUAUGUCCAUCCAUACUGAUAUAAAUACAAUUGAUAAAACACAAAGUAAUACAUAUCAAUGUAUAAAUGCAUCAGAUACAACCAAACUUUCAUUAAGAGAUAAACUUAGACUUUCUGUAGACGAAAAUCCGAAUAUCAUUCCGCAGUCAAUUCUCAGAAAAUACAUCGCAUAUGCCCGACAAUAUGUUAAACCAAAAUUGACUAAAGAGGCAGCUAUAAUAUUACAGAAUUAUUAUUUAAAAUUACGAAAUAAAAAUAAUAAAUUUAGCGAUUUAUCUGUCUGCAACAGACAAUUAGAAGCUAUGAUACGAUUAACAGAGGCUAGAGCAAAAUUGGAAUUACGGACAGAAGCAACAGAAGGAGAUGCUUUGGAUGUAAUAGAAAUUUUACAACAUACAUUUGAUGAUAAAUUUAUAAAUUAUCAAUCUUUAGGUACAAAAAAUGUAACUACUGGAAAAAUUAAACAGUUUAUAGAAAUAUUAAGAAAAGAAACCAAUUCUAAUAAAAGUCAAAUAUUUUCUAUGAAAAGAUUGCAAGAGAUUGCGAUAAAUAAAAAUUUUGUAAUGGAUGAUUUUUCUGAAUUUCUUGUGAAAUUAAACGAAAACGGAAUCUUAUUAAAAAUGGGAAGUAAUACAUUCAAAUUUAUUUCUUCUUAAUCUAAUAUAUACAAAAUAUAAAGGAUAAUUUUUACACGAAACAAAAUUUAUUAUAUACAUCUGUGUUUGUUGAAUUUUAAAUUAUUAAUAUUAUAGUAAUAUUUCUUUUGACUUUAAACUUUGUAUUUGUUGAUAAUAUAAAAUAAAAAAAUUUAAUAUUAUCACAUAUAAAAUUUUAAACUUCAAAACAAUCAGCUUUACAUGGAAGACGCCAAUACAUGUAUAGACAACAUUUUGGUGGUGGUACAUGAAAACAACCGGGUCUGCAGCAAGGCCGUUUAGGAACGUAUAUCUUUGGUGGUGGAACAUGUGGAGGAGGAAUAGUAACCUUGCAAAAUCUGUUUAAUAAAAUCUCUUUAUAAUAUGUAUUUUAAACAAUAUUAAAUAUAUUAGUUUUUAUGUUACUUAUUUAA